AUGUCUUCUGCAACCACCACCCCACCGGCCAAUCGCCGAUUCCGCUUCAGCCGCGUCACAAUGACGCGCACGGUUCCGCCCCCCCUGCUAUCCUUUUGUCCUUCCAAGUGUGCAGCUUUUUCUGUAGAAGAACCGAGUCAGGGCUGGACACGCCGGGUGCAGGAAAGCUUCCAAAAGCGUUGCCUGCGCUCCACCGGCAAGAGCGGAAGUUUCCGCCCUAAUGCGCCUUACCCUGCCCCAGAGAAGGCCCGCCCAGAAGGGCAGCGUCCCCGGGGUCGAGCGGGGACUGGGCCCACUUUGGGUGGGGACCGGGUGGUGGGAUCCGAGGUCGAGAGCCGAACAUUCGAGACCGAGUGGGAACUGAAUCCCCUGGAGCCAGGGACCGCGAGGCUGAAGCUGAGGAUCCAGCCCUGCGCUCACGUGGCCGACCGCGCCCGCGAGUUGCACAAGACUGCCUUGUGGGAAGCUGACUCCGCCCGCCGCCAGAGCCCGGCUCUCGGGCCCUGCGGCCUUUCUUCCUCCUCGGUGGCCGCGCGUGUGCUCCGAGCGCCGGGGUGCGCGUCGCUCUCCUGUUCUAAAGGUAUCGUGUUGGUGUUUGGAGUGAAAAUCUUUGCCUCCCGAGUUUCCCUUGGUGACAUCUUGGCAGGCCAGGUGACACUUCCUCCUCUGCACCCCGUGACCCAUGUCUGGCUCUCAACCUUGGAUCACAGGGCCUCGCUUCCUGGACUCCAGACCCCUGGCUUCCUGAGCUACCAGGAGGAGGCCCCCAUCAAUGCGCUUGUAAACCCUUCUUGGCAUCUCGGCCCAUCCCACCCAGGGAAGGAAGGACUGGGACCCCAGGAGCUCCUAGAGGGCAGACAGCUCCAGCCCCUGCUGUCCAAGGAAGUCCCCCACCCCCACUGCUUGCCUUCAGGUCCCAUGAGGACCACCCCUACCCUCUACCUCACUCCUGCAGGGUCCCUAGAUUCCCUGCCUGUGAAGGCCCUGGGGUGGCCUAUGCACGGAAUGACCUCAUCAGUACUUACCACCAAAACAUUCAAAAGCUGGGCCUGGGGCGGCGCCUGUGGCUCAGUGAGUAGGGGGCCGGCCCUGGCCAAACUGCAACAAAAAAAUUGCCGGGCAUUCUGGAGGGCGCCUAUAGUCCCAGCUACUUGGGAGGCUGAGGCAAGAAAAUGGCCUAAACCCAGGAGUUGGAGGUUGCUGUGAGCUGUGACGCCCCCGCACUCCACCAAGGACAAUAAAGUGAGACUCUCUCUAAAAUAAAAUAAAAGCUGGGUCUGUUAGAAAGCGCUUGUCCUGGGUCACUUGAAUUUCUAUUUUAGGUUAAGAACAAAAAGAAGAUGCACCUGGAUUUGAGGGCCUCUGUCCUACUCAAUCAACUCUUGGUCUUAGAGUAAAACGAUCUGAAACACAGUCCUGAGACCUCAGCUCCCAUGGACUUUGGUUUAGGGGCAAACUAUCAGAAAAAUUAAGAAACUCUGGGCAGGGCGCAGUGGUUCCUAACACUUUGGGGGGCCGAGGCAGGUGGAUUAGGCCUAAAACCUAGCACUCUGGGAGGCCCAAGUGAGUGGAUGGCUUGAUCUCAAACUCUCAGGAGUUUGAGAUCAGCCUGAGCAAGAGUGAGACUUUGUGUCUACUACAAAUAGAAAAACUAGUUGGGUAUACUGGGGGUGCCUUAUAGUCCCAACUCCUGGGGAAGCUGAGGCAAGAGGAUCACCUGAACCCAAGAGAAUGAGUUUGCUGUAAGCCAUGAUGAUGCCGCAGCACUUUACCCAGGGUGACAGAAUGAAACUCUCAAUAAAUUAAAAAU